AUGACCUCACUCUUCUGGGUGGGAACAGAAUGGCUGUACCUGAAGGAGGAUAGCCUACAGUUCCAUGCAAUCGACUAUAAUGAACCAUGUCUCUUGUAUUUUCAGAGGCUGCACGAAGGAGUUGUCAGAGACCUUGAGAGACAAAGCCGUAAACUGGAAAAUAUUCGCCUUUUACAAGAACAGAUUACUCUGACCAAGCAACUUGAAGCAGAGAGACACAAGAUGUUAAUGGAAAAAGAGUCCCAACAAUCCUAGACUUAAACAUGAAGUUUUAGAGUUGGGACUGAAGG